AUGAGAAAGGGAUACGCGAUCAUUAAUGGCGGACAGGAGGACUCGGAGGACCAGAGUUCCGAGUUGGAUAAGGGCUUUAAGCGCGAGGCAUCCGCGCGGGCUCUGAGGCUGGGAGAGCGCGUGAGCGUUGAGUAUGGUCCAGACGCGCGAGCCACCGAGGAGCUGACAUCCAGACACCACUCAGGCCCUCAGGUGACCAGCUCUUGCCCAGGGAAUCAGGGAGGAGUGGCUCCAGACUCGGGCGGCGGCUCAGACUCCCGGGCGGCGGGCCGGACGUGGGGGUGGGCGGUGCUCUUCGGCUGCUUCGUCAUCACGGGCUUCUCCUACGCCUUCCCCAAGGCCGUCAGCGUCUUUUUCAAGGAGCUCAUCAAGGAGUUCCACGUGGGCUACAGCGACACCGCCUGGAUCUCCUCCAUCGUGCUCGCCAUGCUGUACGGCACAGGGCCGAUCUGCAGCAUCCUGGUGAACAGGUUCGGCUGUCGGCCGGUGAUGAUGGUGGGGGGCAUCUUUGCGUCUCUCGGCAUGAUCAUGGCUUCCUUCGCCACCAGCAUCUUCCACAUCUACCUCACCACCGGCGUCAUCACAGGUCUGGGCCUGGCUCUGAACUUUCAGCCGUCCCUGAUCAUGCUGAACCGCUACUUCAGCGAGAAGCGUCCGCUGGCCAACGGGCUGGCCGCCGCGGGGAGUCCAGUAGCGCUGUGCUGCCUCUCACCGCUCGGACAGCAGCUCAGCUAUGCGUACGGCUGGAGGGGGGGCUUCCUCAUCCUGGGGGGGCUGCUGCUCAACUGCUGUGUGUGUGGGGCGCUGAUGCGACCGCUGACCGCCCCCAAGCGCCAGGACCAGGAGACGCCAGAAGCCGCGGAGGACCAGAAGGACGCGACGCCGCCCGCUCCGCCGCCCCCCAAGGCCAAGCUGCUGGACUUCAGCGUGUUCCGUGACCGCGGCUUCGUCAUCUACACGCUGGCGGCGGCCAUCAUGGUGCUGGGCCUGUUCGUGCCGCCGGUGUUCGUGGUCAGCUACGCCAAGCACCUGGGCGCCGAGGACACGCGCGCGGCGCUGCUGCUGUCCAUCCUGGGCUUCAUCGACAUCUUUGCCCGGCCCACGUGCGGGGUGAUCGCGGGCCUGCGCUGGGUGCGGCCGCGCUGCGUCUACCUCUUCAGCUUCGCCAUGGUGUUCAACGGCACAGCCGACCUGCUGGGCUCGUUCGCGCGCAGCUACGACGAGCUGGUGGUGUUCUGCGUGUUCUUCGGCGUGUCGUACGGAAUGGUGGGUGCGCUGCAGUUCGAGGUGCUGAUGACCAUCGUGGGCACCGAACGCUUCUCCAGCGCCAUCGGCCUCGUGCUGCUCGUGGAGGCCAUCGCCGUGCUGGUGGGACCGCCCUCCGCCGGGCGCCUGCUGGACUUCACUCAUAACUACCAGUACGUGUUCCUGCUGGCGGGCUCGGAGGUGGUGCUGUCGGCGCUGGUCCUGGCCACCUGCAACUUCCUGUUCAUCAAGAAGAAGGAGCCGGAGCUGCCCGCAGUGAAAGAGCGCCCCCCGGAGGAGAUACGGGAGCUCAGCUGCGCGCCGAAGGAGGAGCAGGAGGUGCAGGCCGGCCCCAGUGGCACCUCCUCCGCCACCGCCUCCCAGGGCACCAGCGGCUCUAGUGGCUCCGCCUCCCCGGCACUCAGUCCCGCCCCUGUUGCUGAGACGACCACCACCAAGGUGGAGGAGGGGGGCGGGGCCAGCGGGCCGCAGGUGGAACCCGAGUCCUCGCUCUGAGGAAGCGUCUGGUUUCCAUGGAGAUGAGACACUCCAUGUCACACUGUGAUGUGCAAUAUGCAAGUGUGUGUGUGUGUGCGUGUGAAAGAGAUAGGAAGUAAAACAACACAAUGGUAGCCUAGAAAUCUAGACGCACCCUAGCGGCGGCAAAUUAAUUUGUACAUCUAGUAUCGAACCAUAGGAAUUUCUAUUGGCUUAAAACCGUGGAUGUUCUCCAAUCACAGCUUCUAUUUCAAGUAGAGAGUCUUAAGGUGGGCUUAACGGGAUAACGACAUCCCGCGACGGUGAACAACAAGGAAGGUGGCUAUGGCUUAACAAAGAGCGGUUGUUUGAAUCGGGCGCUGGCGCCAACUUUGGAGGAGUUGGACUUGUGCUUUUCUUUGAAAGUAGAGCAACACAAU